ACUUGCCAAGAAUGUGGUAUUUCGAGAUAAUUUUGGGUGUCCUGUCAAGUGCAGAGAGAUUCUGUAUUUGCGUGCUGUUUGUGUCUCUGUGCAUGCGCUUAUACAGUAAGGGUGUGCACAGAAAACAGUUCACUUUUGCGCUCAAAUUGUUUAAAUGACUUGAAUGUUAACAUUUGCACAGUUUAAAAACACCUACAAAUGCUAAACUUUUUAUGUAAAUAGUUAUUGAUUUCUUGAGAUGCAUAUGUGAGCAAUUAUUAUUAUAGAGAGGAUUCAUUUAUGCAUGAAUUAUUUUGUUUUUAUUUUGUGUCUCUUCUGACUGGGUGGGCCAGCUGUUAAUCUGAGUGGGGCAGUGCCACCCUGGCACUUAGCCAGGCAGCCGCGCCACUGGGUCAUACAUAUAAGUUCUUGCAGUAUUUUUGUAUAACUUAACUGUCUGGUCUCUGUUCACACAUCUGAUACAGAAUUUCUUCUGAACUUACAGUCAUCUUGUGUGACAUACUUGAUCCCCACAGUGUAAAAAAGAAAAACCCGCAGAAUUUUUGUCAAAUCAACAUGUUAUGUCAACUUAUCGCAGUUGACUGGAAUAAACUUAAACACACAUGGACAAAUACACUGCUUCAUGUUCAAAGAAAAAAAUGAGGUCAUGUCAGACGAGACUCUAAGGAGAGGAGAUUGUGUGGAUGCCAGACAAGCGAUCAUUGAGUUUGUGGGACCGAUUCUUACAGAUCAUGGAGUGGAUCAAGCAGAUGCAAAAGAUGAUUUACAUGCUUUUAAAUACAAUAUGAAGUAUCCCAGCGUGGGACAGUGUGUCAUCAUCAACAACAAGAAUUUCCACAAACAAACAGGAAUGGGAGUUCGUAACGGAACAGACGUGGAUGCAAAGAAAGUGAUGGAGGUCUUCUUAAACCUGGGCUUUAAAAUCAGCAUUAGCAAUGACCAAACAGCCUCACAGAUGAAGGAUUUGUUAACUAAAGUAUCUAAGAGUGAUCACAGUCGUUCGGCCAUGUUUGUCUGUGUGUUGUUGAGUCAUGGAGAUGAUGGAGUGAUCUACGGCACAGAUGGCUCUAUAGAGCUUAAAGAUCUCUUUCAGGUUUUCAGAGGAGAUCGCUGCUCCACGCUGGUUGGAAAACCCAAACUUUUCUUCAUCCAGGCUUGCAGAGGGACAGGUCUGGAUCCUGGCGUUGAGACUGACUCAGCGGGACAAAGCAGAAUUCCUGUUGAGGCAGAUUUUCUGUAUGCAUACUCCACUGUAGCAGGUUAUUAUUCCUGGAGGAACGCUAGUAAAGGUUCAUUUUUCAUUUCAUCGCUGUGUGAAAUGUUAUCGAAAUAUGGCAGGCAACUGGAGAUCAUACAGAUCCUGACACGUGUCAACCACAGGGUGGCUCUGGACUUUGAAUCCUCCAGUCAGGCUGGAUUUGAUAGCAUGAAACAGAUGCCCUGCAUUGUGUCUGUGCUCACCAAAGAGCUUUAUUUCCCUUAAUAACGCAACAUAUUGUGAACACUUUUGAAUUAUUUUAAAAUGCUUGAUGACAGAAAAGAUCUUGAGUAUUCAGAAUAAAUUUGUAAAAUGUUCACGUUGCUGAAUUUGACAGAUACAGCAUCAGGCUGCAUUAAGACACCAGGAUUUUUAUUAUGACAAAUAUUUACUUUGGUAGUUUGUGUGUUUUUAUUAUUUUGCUAUGAUUAUUUUGUUAUGGCAUAGCCUACACAGUGUGUGCGCAAAAAGCUUUUACACAUAAAUUAAAGACCAAACUGGAAGCAGUGCAUGUUGGUUUAUUCUUUUAAAUGCUUUGUUUACAGAAGACUCACAACCAGAUAAAAAAUAAUUAUAAAAGCAGUACGUUUAAAUCGAUUAAAAAAGACAAAAAGCCUAUCCAACGACAUUAUUUCUUAAACAAGAACAGUCUCUUAAAUAAACAAUCCCAGAGGCCACAUCACUGUGACAUCCAAAUCACCAGAAAGUGUCCAAAUGCUGCUAUACAUUUUGAAAAGUAUAUUGAUUGUUUCAUUAUUUAAAACCUAACAAUAGUCUUUUAUGCGAGUUAAGGCUUUGUUUUGAAUAUGCGCUAUUGAUUUUAAAUUUAGUUAGGCCUGUAUAAUGCAAUGACAUUCAUACAUACACUGUAAAGAAAUUCUGUAGAAAUAACAGAAUUGCUGUAUUACAGUAACUUACUGUACAUUUUACAUUUAUGUUAUUUACUGGCAACAGUUUGUUCAAAGUUAAAUGAACAUGAAACAUUUUCAGUCUAUAUUUUCUACAGUAAGUUACUGGCAACCAACGGCAUAAUUACAGCUAUUUUUUACAGUGAAAGGUAAUACUUGUUUAGUCACUACGGGGCAGUUUCCCAGACAGGGAUUAUCUUAAACCAGGACUAGGCCUUAGGUUAAUUAGGAAAUAAAAUUAGUUUUAACACACAUACCUUACUAAAAACAUUACUUGUGUGCAUUUUGAGGCAAAACAAAGGGUACUGAUUAUCAAGUUGUUUUCAGUUGGAUAUCUCUUACUAAUUUUUAAGUCUAGGCCCAGUGGGGCGGUUUCCUGAACAGGGUUUAAGUCUAGUCCUGGACUAUAAUGUAUAUUUUAGCUGUCUUAAAUGAAAAUAGCUUGGACUGACAAGAUAUAAGUGCAACUGGUCUCAAGUAAGUUUUUUGUAAGACAUGUUUGUGAAAACGACUUAAAUGUCCUAAUAUAACUGAAGCCUAGUUCUGGCUUAAUCUAAACUCUUUCCGGGAAACUGCCCACAUGUUUAAGUUUAAUUCAUUGCCUAUUACUGGUUUUCGCAUUAUCUUGGUUAAAGCAUUGACCUACAAAUGUUAACUGCUUUGACCUUAUGGGGCCGUUUCCUGGACAGGGCUUAUCCUAGUCCCAGACUAAACAGCAUUAUUGAGCUGCCUUAAUAAAAAAAAAAAACACUUACUGACAUAUCUUAAAGGGUAGUUAUAGUUCACCCAAAAAUGAAAAUUCAUCAUUUUCUCAUCCUCAUGUUGUUUUAAAUCUGUAUGAGUUUUUUAUUUCGAUGAACAGAAAAUAAAAUAUUUUGAUAAAUGAUGCUAAGCAUUGAUCUCCAUAGGAAAACAAAUAUUAUGGAAGUGUUGUGAUAAAUGAUAAAAAUAUUUU